GGGGAGGAAGGUGCUGCCCGCCCAGGAGAGGGCGGGAGGUGCUGCCCGGGAGGAGGAGCCGGCAGCCCAGACGGCCGCGGGGCCGCGGCGGGACGAUGAGCCAGAGCCGGGAGCCGCUGGAGCGGGAGCUGGAGGCGCUGGGGUGGUAUCACGAUAACCUUACUCGCCAUGCAGCGGAAGCGCUGCUGCUUUCCAACGGGAAGGAUGGAAGCUACCUCUUGAGGAAGAGUAAUGAAAGAGAAGAUUUGUACUCCCUCUCUGUAAGGGGAAAAGAUUCCGUGAAACACUUCCACAUUGAGCAUACAGGAACUUCAUUCAAAUUUGGAUUUAAUGAAUUUUCUAGCUUGAAGGAACUAGUCAUGCAUUUUGCAAAUCAGCCUUUAAUUGGAAGUGAAACAGGAACAUUAAUUGUAUUGAAGCAUCCCUACCCACGAAAAGUAGAAGAACCUUCCAUUUAUGAGUCUGUCCGUGUUCACACAGCGAUGCAGACGGGAAAGACAGAAAGCGAUCUUGUUCCAAAUGCUCCCUCACUUGGUACAAAAGAAGGAUAUUUGAUAAAACAAGGCAAAAUAGUCAAGAAUUGGAAGACAAGGUGGUUUACACUGCAUAGGAAUGAACUUAAGUAUUUCAAAGACCAGACAGCCACAGAACCAAUUCGGGCACUUGAUUUAACUGAAUGUUCAGCUGUGCAAUUUGACUACUCCCAGGAAAGAGUCAAUUGUUUCUGUUUAGUGUUCCCACUAAGGACAUACUACCUGUGUGCGAAAACUGGAAUAGAGGCUGAUGAGUGGAUUAAAAUACUGCGAUGGAAACUGUCACAAAUACGGAAGCAAGUGGAGCAGCGCAACAGCACCCUCAGUUCCUAGCUACACCUCCAGUACUUCUGCUCCAUUGGCAGGAAUUGUCUCUUUGCCAAGGACAAGGCAUCUCUUACCGGACAGUUUCCCAUGUCUCCACUGCUCACAGCGGGCACGCAUGUGUUUCUGUAUACCUGCACAGAGACGCUUGCAUCCAGCUCUGCAUACAGAGCCAAGUACUCUGGGGUGCCGAGUCACAGAGCGCUGGUUCGAUUUGCACAGUGUGUGCCUGCAAUGCACUCACUUCAGACACCUGUUAACUAAUCACAGAGGUGGGCACUGUAAGACUUCUGUGGUUACGCAGAGCACUUGGUAAUUUAUUGCAAGCUCCAUCACAACUAACUGUUAGUGGCACAUUCUGUACCUCAAGCCUGUUAUUUAAAAAUCUCUCCUUUCUGGAAACAUUAAAUAUUUCUUUUGUAUUACAUGUUUAGGCUCUAAACCAAAAGAAAAACAGCAGAGGUUUACAUUUUUGUAAAUAAUAUCUAUAUUACAAUCCAGAGAAUACUUCAAGGCCUUUUUCAAGGUGCUGGAUGAGCAGCACUUAGUUCUGGUGAAAUAUGUUUUCCUACAGCUUAGAUUUGUACUGCAGUGAUGGCAACAAGUGAAUAUAUUGUUUCAAACAGCAUAUGUAGGUAACACUGAGCAGCAUGGUUCGAGCAUGCUUGUCUAUCAACUCAGCAAACCUCUCCCAUUCUGCAGAUGCUGUGGCACAGAGCUUAGUACUGCUCACACAGCAGGUGAGCGUUCAACAGAUGCCUUUAUUGUGAGAAGACAAGAAGAGGAGGGGAAAGCAUAAUGGAGGAAGAAAGAAAAAUCUAGAUUUGGACAUAGGAAUAGCAUUUUAUUUCAACUUAGAAAUUAAAAAUAUUUGUAAAUAUUUUUUAUACAGAGUGUUUUCUGAAUGUCAUUAUAAAACUACCAAAGGUCUUCUGUAUUCCUGUACUGUAAAAACUUUGUCCUCCUUUUCCCUUAAGAAGUAGUUUAACAAACUGACAUCUUCCAUUUAGGUAAAAAGCUUUGAUGAGUUUGUGUGAGAGGGGCAGUGCAAGGGGAAGAGAGAGAUGGUGUUCUCCAAUGGCACCACUGUUCUGUGAAAAUGGCUUGGAAAUAGAGCUUGAAGCCUAAUGACAGAAGCAGGCUUCUUCACAGGAAUGGGCUGCAUUACAAAAUGCUAGAAACAAGUUCAGCACAUGGUGUCACGAACUGGAGCCAGAAAGAGAAACAGCAUUUUGUCGGCCUAGGGAGCAAAGUCACAGACGGAAGAAUUGAACAGAACCUAACAGCAAGAGUUGGCCUUGGAUGGGACACAAUCAGUUUUGCCAGAAAUACAUGCAGAGACUCUCUGAGGCUCUGUCUCCAGCUGCAUCUGGACCAGCAACAGAAAGCUCAAGCCAGGAGCUCAGUUUAAAUGGAAAAAAGUUGACUGACAAAUUUUGAUCUCCCAAGAGCUUUUGAGCCAUGAUUUCCCAGUCCUUAUUUCCAGCAGCACCGUUUCCCCCCAUCCUGCCUGAUGCUGAAGGCGGGUGAGGUAUAAGGGAGAGUGUGUGGUGGUGCUCCCUUUCCCAGCCUGAGGCAGAGACCUGCCAAGAACUCUCCUCUAGACCAGCACCACUACACUGCACUCAUCACAAGGGGAAUGUGGGAGGGAAUGAGGCAGGGUAAGGAGCAUGGAAGCCAGUCGGCACUAAUCUACAUCAUCUUGCAACUCAGUA